UUGUGAUAUGUACCAACCCAUUAAAAUCUCUCCAUUUUGCUGAACCAUUCUGCUAUUUGGCCACCAGAGGGCUUCAUUGUCUACUCUCCAGUCACAAAGGAUUCUGGGAUUGGAUUACUUCCUGAAUCAUGAUUCAAAGCUGCAAGUGUUUUAUCGAAGGGGUAGUAGACUAGUUGACUGUUCUCCCAGCAGAGGUGGUACAAUAAGAUAGAGCUGUACCUCUUCACAUUCUGUUAAUUGAUGAAUGGUUUGUUUGUUUCCAAACAUGGUCUGAGGCUAUGACAGCAGGUAGGAGGAAGGUAUAUCUGUCUGCAGACCUGUGUUUGUGACUGUGUGCCUUUUAUUAGCUAUUUUUAAUGGUAACCCUCCUAACUGUUUAUUAAUAUUAUAAAUAUGAUUACCCAGAUUUGCAUAAAAUGCCAGCCUUGUCUGGCACAACCUGGUACACAGUAAAAAUUCUAAAUGUGGAACAGUCCCAUAAUGUCUUGCAUGUUCAGAGACCCAGGUUAAAAUGAAGAAAUGGUCAUUAUUAUUAUUAUUAUUAUAAUUAUUUCUGCUGUUGCUCAACUCAUUUUAGUAAGUGUUUCCAUAAUAUUUAAUGGAUUUAAGGAAGCGUUAUUAUUUCUAUAGUGCCAGUUUAUAACACAGCACUGUAAGAUAGAUGUGCAGGAACAGAAGGUACUAGGGAGGACCCUGAUCGAAUAAAGCGUAUAUUUAAAGCAGAAAUUGCAAACUUUGCACCCCAUGCCCCAGCCAGAUGUUGAUGGCCUACAACUCCCAGAAUUCUUUGAAUGCAAGAGACGGCCAAAGAAUUAUGGGAGUUUUUGUUAUGCAACAUCUGUGAUGCUGGAUUUUGCCGUCCAUUUCAGAAAUGCCAAUAAAAAAAAUGUUCGUUUUGUCUUUUAGGUUGUACCAGUGAGAAGAUGAUCUAAAUAAUGCAAUUCAUUCAACAAGAUUGUGACCACACAAAAUGGAGUCGGCUAAGCGCGUUCUUGUUUAUCUGAGUAAGGAGCGUUCUUUGCUGCAAUGUGCAAAGUUCGUCCAGGUGCGUAACACUCUUUCUUCUGACCGUAUGCUCUAUCGAGAUACACUUUUUAGCUAAUCUGUGCUAUCCUUGCUGUGGGCUUACAGAGGAAGCCGGGAAGUGCCAGAGAUUGCCUUGGCGCGAUGCCAGGAUAAGUUGCUUAACAAAAAUAACAAACAAACAAAAAAGCUAAAAUAAUUAUCGGUGGGUAAUUUUGAUAUUGUCACGGUUCUUUUGUAACUUCUACGCAUUCUGAAUCUGGGAGAAGUAAUGUUUAAUUUUUUUUUUUCAAUGAAGAACGCUGCUAGAGGCAGGGUAUGAUCUAUGAUAUCUGGGUGACGUCCCACAGUAGCGUAGAUGUUUUGUGUUUAGACAGUAUUAUUGUUUACUAAACGACCACAUGAAGUGUUUCUGUAUUUCAGAGCAUAACGGGGUACUACUCAGGGGGUCAGCAGAACAAGGUGUAUGUACAUUGUGGACUGGAGCAGAACCAGUUCAUUAUAUCGGAUCAGCAAUUCAGCAACUCCAUUAGCGUUCAGUUAAAGGUAGGUAAAUCAUGAAACUAAUCACCGUACCACCGGUGUCCAUGCCCAAGGCAGAACUUUGACUUUUUUUCAAUAUGGAAGAAGCCAUGAUUUCCUUCCGUGGAUCAUCAUAAUGGUUGUGCUUUGUAGAUUUCAUGGCACAGAUCACCGUGCAUAUUACUGUGACACACGGCUGAGAGCACUGGUUUAUUUCUUAACACUAUAUUGAACAAGGACAGCACUUACUAGCCAGCAGAACUUGUAGCAUUAAGGAGCAGCCCUGUGCCACCAAGUAACUAUGAAGUAGAGCCCUAUGCCUAUUGGUGUAUUGUGCUCAGAAACAUACCAGCACUGUUGAACCUGUGCAUUUGUUUAACCAAUAACUUAUAACUGAUAUUGCUGCAUUCUAUUUCCAUUGUGAUUCUGAUACUGUGUAUAAAUUAAUUUUUUAUACACUUGUUCUUGUUCCAAACUGUGAGCAUUUGGAACAGUUUUAUUGGGGGCACCCAACGACUUUUUUACAUUAGUUAUAUUAGGAGUAUUUGGCAUGGAAGAAUAGUAAAGAUCGAAAUGUAAGGUAAAGGAAUAUAAAACCUCACCCUAUUACGGGUUCUUGCAUACUUCACCUCCUCAAUAUACUAUUCUUUUUAUCAUUCAGCUCAUCUUUAUACUAUUUUAAGUCCUACUGCCUUUUUUUUUUUCUUCUAGAGUCCAGCCUUCUGUCCAAUCAGGAACAUCAGCUCAUCGCAAGCUGCAUCACUUCCUCAGGAAGUUCGGAAUCGAGGUGUGGACGUUGGGGUCGCUGUGCUUCUUCAGUCUGUCAAUCAGAAAGUUCUUUUAACUAGAAGAACCAAGAACCUGUCCAUCUUUCCUAAUGUCUGGGUUCCUCCAGGUAUCUACAGUCUAAGAUUUCUGAUUGACGUCUAUACGAAAGAAUGUUGACAUUUCUCUGUGGGAGAAACAAAGAUUUCUGUGCCGUCAUGUUUGAUGUUGAAUUUGUCCAUAUGUUCUCUCAUUUAAAAAAAAAAAAAGUAUUUAUAUAUUUAUUUUUUUAGGGGGUCACAUCGAGUCAGGGGAGCAGGUGAGUGGACAAUGAAUCUGAUGUGCUAUAUCAGUGGAAUUAUAGUUUUCAUAACUACCACACAUAGAAUACAGAUUUUCACUUGUAAAACGCUAUAAAGCAGUCAUCUCCAUAAAUUAGCCCCAUAAAAGUCGAUCUAGCAUUGUCCCACCUCUGCAGGAGCCUAUGUCAUGUUUUUUAUGUCCGUCUGUCUGUCGACAGCUCCUUGAAGCAGGACUAAGAGAGCUGCAGGAAGAGACCGGCUUGCAGAUCCACACUGAGAGCAUCUCCUGGAGCAUGCUGGGACUCUGGGAGGUAAGGUUAACUAUUAGUGUUCCAUUUUGUAAUGUUCAAAUUAUAUAGCUUUAACUCGGGCUACAUUUAUGUUGUGUUUACAUUACUUUUUAUUAAGUGUUUAGUUUUCAGAUACCAACGUCCUAGCAUGUUCAGCACCGAUCCAAUAGUGGUUAAUUUGUUUUAAACCAUCUUGCUUUUCUAGCAGACAUCGUGUGAUGUACUAUGUGCCAGCAUUGCUUGUGAUGUGAAUUAUAAAGGUGAAGAACUUUAAUUUAAGUUCGAACCAGUUGCUUAACCACAUUAUAGUAUGCCUCAAACAGGUCAAUUCAUGCUCUAAUGUCCUAUUUUCUCCCCACAGUCUGCAUUCCCUCCCUUGCUGAGUCAAGGACUACCUAGUCGCCACCACAUUGUGGUUUACCUCCUAGUUCUAUCCAACGAGACACACCAAGAACUGCAGGUACGUUUGCCAACACCUUCCCCUUGCGUUCCAAAGCUUAAAGGACAACUGUCACCUCAAAAAUAUUUUUUUCAUAUAAUAUUCCUUUCAUCAUGUUGUGAAAGGAAAUAUAAAUAUAUAUUUAAUGAAAUCUGUAAAAAAAAAAAAAAGUUAGAAAAACUCCUCCCUACCUAUAGUAUAUGACAGGAUCCUUCAGCCAUAUACAUACAUAUUUUCAAACACUGCCUGACCCAAGGUGCAUGUAACCAUACCAUAGAGACUGUCUGAUUUCAUAACUGUCUGACCCAAGGUGCAUGUAACCGUACCAUAGAGACUGUCUGAUUUCAAACACUGCCUGACCCAUGGUGCAUGUAACCGUACCAUAGAGACUGUCUGAUUUCAAACACUGUCUGACCCAAGGUGCAUGUAACCGUACCAUAGAGACUGUCUGAUAUCAAACACUGCCUGACCCAAGGUGCAUGUAACCGUACCAUAGAGACUGUCUGAUUUCAAACUGGUGCAUGUAACCGUACCAUAGAGACUGUCUGAUUUCAUACACUGCCUGACCCAAGGUGCAUGUAACCGUACCAUAGAGACUGUCUGAUUUCAAACACUGCCUGACCCAAGGUGCAUGUAACCAUACCAUAGAGACUGUCUGAUUCAAAACACUGCCUGACCCAAGGUGCAUGUAACCGUACCAUAGAGACUGUCUGAUAUCAAACACUGCCUGACCCAUGGUGCAUGUUACCAUACCAUAGAGACUGUCUGAUAUCAAACACUGCCUGACCCAAGGUGCAUGUAACUGUACCAUAGAGACUGUCUGAUUUCAUACACUGCCUGACCCAAGGUGCAUGUAACCGUACCAUAGAGACUGUCUGAUAUCAAACACUGCCUGACCCAUGGUGCAUGUUACCAUACCAUAGAGACUGUCUGAUAUCAAACACUGCCUGACCCAAGGUACAUGUAACCAUACCAUAGAGACUGUCUGAUUUCAUACACUGCCUGACCCAAGGUGCAUGUAACCAUACCAUAGAGACUGUCUGAUUUCAAACACUGCUUGACCCAAGGUACAUGUAACCAUACCAUAGAGACUGUCUGAUUUCAUACACUGCCUGACCCAAGGUGCAUGUAACUGUACCAUAGAGACUGUCUGAUUUCAAACACUGUCUGACCCAAGGUGCAUGUAACCGUACCAUAGAGACUGUCUGAUUCAAAACACUGCCUGACCCAAGGUGCAUGUAACCGUACCAUAGAGACUGUCUGAUAUCAAACACUGUCUGACCCAAGGUGCAUGUAACCGUACCAUAGAGACUGUCUGAUUUCAAACACUGCCUGACCCAAGGUGCAUGUAACCGUACCAUAGAGACUGUCUGAUUCCAAACACUGCCUGACCCAAGGUGCAUGUAACCGUACCAUAGAGACUGUCUGAUAUCAAACACUGUCUGACCCAAGGUGCAUGUAACCAUACCAUAGAGACUGUCUGAUAUCAAACACUGCCUGACCCAAGGUGCAUGUAACCAUACCAUAGAGACUGUCUGAUAUCAAACACUGCUUGACCCAAGGUACAUGUAACCAUACCAUAGAGACUGUCUGAUUUCAUACACUGCCUGACCCAAGGUGCAUGUAACUGUACCAUAGAGACUGUCUGAUUUCAAACACUGUCUGACCCAAGGUGCAUGUAACCGUACCAUAGAGACUGUCUGAUUUCAUACACUGCCUGACCCAAGGUGCAUGUAACCGUACCAUAGAGACUGUCUGAUUUCAAACACUGUCUGACCCAAGGUGCAUGUAACCGUACCAUAGAGACUGUCUGAUUUCAAACACUGUCUGACCCAAGGUGCAUGUAACCGUACCAUAGAGACUGUCUGAUAUCAAACACUGCCUGACCCAAGGUACAUGUAACUGUACCAUAGAGACUGUCUGAUUUCAUACACUGCCUGACCCAUGGUGCAUGUUACCAUACCAUAGAGACUGUCUGAUUUCAAACACUGCCUGACCCAUGGUGCAUGUAACCAUACCAUAGAGACUGUCUGAUAUCAAACACUGUCUGACCCAAGGUGCAUGUAACCGUACCAUAGAGACUGUCUGAUAUCAAACACUGCCUGACCCAAGGUACAUGUAACCAUACCGUAGAGACUGUUGGAUUUCAAACAUUGACCCAAGAUGACUGUAUGUGGCAGAAUGAUUGAGUAACUUAGAAUACCUGUGCCUCUGAACAGAAAUCUUAUUAAAGCAUUACUGUCUGUUCUAGAGUAUUUUGAAAAGAAUAAAAUAUUUAUCCAAGAUGUAAAAGAUUUACAUCCUGUCAUAUACUAAAGAUAGGCAUGAGUUUUUCAAAUUUUCUUACAUACACUUUAAUUAAAAUAUAUAUUUCCUUUUAAAACUUGAUGAAAGUAUUUUAUUAAAAAUUUGUUUCGAGGUGACAGUUGUCCACGAUUGCCAAGCACUGCUUUAAGCUGUAAACACUGAAUCAGUACUGCUAUGUGCUUGAUUUAGAUGGGGGGUAUAUCCACUUAUAGCUAAGCUGUACAAAAUACACCAAAAUCAUAGAAUUCUUAAGAUUCAAUGUGGCCCCAUUUGGCACGGUUUGCCUGCACACAACAUGAUGCAAUAUAUAAAUGAGAUGGUGAAUUAUGGCUCAUCUCCCACCAAUUAGACCGGGAUGCUAAGAUUGAAACCCAUGGAAACUCAAGAGGAUAUUUGAGGAUGAGAAAGGUUCAAUCGAUAGGUGAAACAAAAAAUGUCCACUUCGGAAAGUGGGGAGGGGUUUGGCCAUUCAGGGCACGCAAACCAACACUACAGUAAUCCCUUCAAAUCAAGCCUACAGAUUACCCAGCUUGCUUACAUUGUAGGAAAAGAUGUCUCCAGAAGAGCAGGAAGUGAGCGCUUGUGUAUGGCUGGAUCCCUACCUGGCAGAACAUAUUGUUGCAACAGAGGAUGGAGAAGAGGAUUCUGGGAAGGAUAUGUCAGACCUGCCAGCCACAAUCAGGUAAACUAUAGUAUUAUUUGAAGGACCCAUAAAAUAGUAAUCUCAUGCCAAAUUAGAGGGAUUUUAUUUUGUUACAAUUGUAAUCAAGAGCAGGGUUAUUCUGUAAAGUAAGAAUUGUUGGGAAUUUCAAGUUAAGGCCAAAGUUUUGGCCAUAUGUUUGAAAUUCACUUUGAAUGUCGGACAUUUCUCACUUUCAUAAAUAACCCCGGAAGUUUAAUGUUUUUUUUAAAUAUAAAACACAGAUUAUGCAAAAGUAUAACAUGACUCAUACCAUAUAUAAAUACCGUAUUUCAGAACUGUGGUGUUGUGUUUAGGCCAUUCAAAAUGUUAAAUUAUUUAUAGCUUUUAUUUCUUUGUUGUAUACACAUAUUUCUGUUUUGUUUUUUGGUAAAUUAUAACUCAUGCCAAAGCCAGUUCCUGUCCCAGUUUCCUGUGAACAAGAGAUCAUCAGAACUAAAGUUUGAAAUCGAACGACUCACCCCAGCAUACCAUUCUAGUUGCUAUUACCUACAAAAUAAAAAAACACAACUAAAUGAGUACAAAUCCUAAUACAUAGUCAUACACAAUCGAGAUAGCAUGUAUGUAAAGGCACAUAUAUACCUAGUAUUGUCAAACUGUAACAAAUCAUAUUUUGAAAAGCAUAAAAUAUUUAUCCAAGACUGAAAAGAUUUACAUACAACAAAGUGGGGAUUACUUUGUCUUCUGUAUACGUUGGCGAAAUAUGUCCAUCAGCCAUCACUCACGACAGAUGGGGUGGGAAAAGCACCUUUUUGUAGGACGUGCAAUAUGUUCCUGCCAUUGCACAUGUUUAAGAUUAUCUCUCGUAGAGUCUGUUUUGUAUUAUUACUCAUGCAUGAGAGUACAGGAUGAUACGGCUUCUGUUGAAAUUUAAGUGUGAUCACAUAAGUUUACAUUAAAAAAUAUCUAUCUGAAUCACCACCUUGUGACACAUAAUUACAUUUUAUUGGUGUGACUUCUGGUACAGAAAUGGGGUGUUAACAGGAGGGAGAGCAUCAGGGAACUACACCUCCACAUUUGUACCCGAUUUUCUUUUACCCCCUGAUGUGUCUUGAAAUGCAGACCUCACAAAUGAUUGUCCCAGUUUUUAAAACAGGUUAAAAUGAUAAGUAUAACCCUGGUGACUUUCAUAUCAGUCACAAUCCGUAUUCCUUACUAUUUUGAGGAACUCCGUAGAAAACUGAAAUUAAAAUAUGUUGUACAUUGUGUGCCCCACUGAUUAAAGGUAAUUCAUGUUUUAUGUCUUUUGUCACUUCCCACCCCGUUCAGUUUUUUCUUUUUCAUAUUAACAGAAUGAUCUAUAAAUGUCAACCAACCAGAGACAUUGUCUAAUUGAAUGUCAUCUUCUCGUUAACAGCAUCACAGAAGUAAAGGCUGGUUCUCUGACACAGGUAGAUAGCACUGUGGAAACAUUCCUGAACCGGGCACCGUCUGACGGGGCAGAUAUAGAACGCGUCAGCACUGGCACCAAAUAUUCUCUGAGAUUGUGGCUGUACACACUAUCAAAACAACGUUAAAGGAGUAUGUUCAGUGAGAAUACUACUGCACAAAAGCAUAUUCCUUUGCAAGGCAACAACUUCAAUAAAUGUUUACCAAGCCAAUAAGUUAUAAGUAGUGGUUUAGACAAAGGACAUGAAAAAGUUUGAACAAAUAAAAUGUUUUAUUUACGUUACCACAUUUUGUUUAUUUCUUUCUUUUUCUGAUGGAAGAAUUUUUACGGAAAUAAAUCCUACCACUAAGUUUUCUUUUUGCUUAGGAGUAAAAACCAGAGAGCCAAAAUACAGAUAACACUAUAUAUAUUUACAUACAUAAAUAUGUGCAACAAAAAUGUCAUCAUCCUACAGCCUUAAUCUAUCUUACGCCGCGGGGACCUGGAAUAUAUGCGAUGUCUCUUUCUGAUGCUGAAAGAGACGGUACCUUCAGAUUACAAAUAGAGGCGGGUAGGACUUGUAAAUAUUAAAAGGUAGAUAAAUAUUUUUGUGUAAAAAAAAAAAAAAGCAACUGAAAAUAUAUAAAUGUAUAUUUGCAUCAAUCUCUGUACAAUUUUUGUGUAAAUACAUUUAGAAGGAAGAAAUCAUUAGGAAACAAAUGGUUUAUAUACAUUAGAACCAUACUUAUUAAUUACAAAAUUGCAGGAACAAGGGUCAAAGAUGGAAGUCAGGAAGGACACGACAGACCUGUUUCAGUUUUGAUAUUUCAUAUGCCAAUCCGUAUCCUGUGUUUGGUUUUAAGAAAUGUUAAAUUAUUAGCGUGAAAGUAUUUUCGGAUCAUAUGUUGAUUGGUUUUCAGGUUAUGGUUGAAAGCAUUGUUAGUGAAUAGCUCUAUCCGUUGCAGGAUGCAGGUUUCGUAUUCUCUGUACAUGUUGUAAGAGUAGGCUGGAAGCUGUGUCUUAAAAUCCUGUAGUUUAAUUUGUGAAUAGGAAAAUCAAAAGUCUCAAGAGCUGUGCUGCGAUCAAAACACACGUUGAAACAGGACUAUUUCUAUAGCUGCCAAAACCAGACCUAUAGGUGGAAGCCAUUACAAUCACGUGACUUGAGAUGUUUAUCACUUUUAUACAUUUGUUUUUGAAAAACCGGGAAGUAUCUGAUAAUGAAAGGAGUACUUUUCUUCCAUAUGAUGAUGAUUAUUAUUAUAAUUUCUGGUGGUUAAGCCUUGUUAAAAGAGAUACGCAGAACUUAGGGCUCAUGGGAGGAGAAAAAAAAAAAAAGCAUUUUUUAUUUUUUUUUAUAAGGAUCAAAUUAUUAAUGUUCUAUGCCUCCUUUUAAAGUUGAUCAAUAAAGUCAAUACAAUAAGAUAAAAGGUUUUUUUCGUAAAUUUGUCCCUUUAAUGGUAUAGAGGCUCAAAAAAUAAAAAGGCCAAAAAUCUAAUAUUCAGUUAUGCUGACCAUCGUUUUUAAUCAUCCCAACUCAGUCACCUGUUUACUAAAGUAAAUUUCACAUCGUAGGCCGCAACAGCUAAACUUCAAACACCGCUGACGUGUAGUUUUUUUUAUAUAUGGCAGUUUUGCCCUACUAUAUGCAAAUCACUGAGUUCCCAACAAUUCACACAUUAGGACCUAACCGGGACGAGUUUAAGCUGCUAUUGUGUUCUUUUGUUUUGGUUGUUCAAAUAGUCUGAGGAUAUAUAUAUAUCCCUUAAGGAUUUCUAAUCGGUGUCUUUCAUAACACGUUGGUGAGACUGUACACUAUGUGACUUGCCUCGAUGCCACUCUAUUCGUUUGUAGACUCUGACCACAGACUCAGAGAGGUAGGAAGUUCUGCAAUAUUCUGUUAUGCAGACAUACAAUAAUCAAGAUUCUAAAUUAUUAAGCAAAUUAUAGCUCUUUGCUUUCCUGUAUACCUGCUCUGAAAUGCUCUCAAAACAUACUUUAAUAUUACCCAUGAUUAAUGAAUGAACCAAGGAUAUGCAAUAGAUUGUCUUUUUUAAGUGUGCUCCAAUCACUUGGACCAAAGGACACCAUUUAAAAGGGCGGUGCUAUUAAACCCCCCAUAUAAAUUGUACUCUGAAAUAUCUGUGCUUUAUUCUGUCACUGGACUUUUGAUUGACAGAUGAAAGCUAACCUGAAUUGAAAGGAAAUGUUUUUUUGUGGGAUUUCACACACCAUUUAAAAGUCAGAGGGUGAAUUAUAUGGGGUGAUGGAACACUGAAGUGACAUGUGCUUUAUUUUUCUGUAACAAUAUGAGGAAUUCCUGUACAUUCUCAAAAUGUCCUUUUGGAAGAUAGCUCAGCUCUGGCACUGAAAUGCCAUACAAGAUGGUAGCCACACAGGAUUCUGCCAAAUAAAAACAGAUAAAGAUCCAUAAGCCACAUUAAGGCUACAAAAUGACUGAAGCUGUAGUAAAUAUAAUGCUGUGUUUUCAGAGCCAGGUAUAUCACCAGCCAUUCCUCAAUAAUGUAGCCGAGCAUGUAGGUGCCAUACCAUGAGAGGGUAAGGAAGGCAUGGAUUUCGAGCCCUGGUUGGCACAUCCUUUCUGUUAGACUCUUUCAACCUACUUUCUGUCCAUUCUCCCUUUCACACGAAAAGAUUCAGUCCAAAGAUAUGAUGUCAGACCGGCACCCUGGUAGUGUGGAGGUGGCACUUUGGGGCCCGCUGUGAUUCUCCCUCAGAGUGCUGGUGGAUACAAUGCUGCUUAUUCGGCUAGCACUGCUGGGAGGCCCAUGAGAGCUUGUGAUGGCCUGUGUCAGGGGGCUCAUGUAGUGGGUGGGGGUUCUGUACUGAAAGAAAUGGCUUAGCGCAUCUUGUUCAUCCAACGAUGUGAUGACAGAGGGACUGUAAUGCUGAGAGGGAAAGACACAAAAUAUAAGCAGAAUGAAGUGGGCAUUAAAAGAUCUGUGAGCAAACAGAGCUGAGUCAUCUUUCUGGAGAAAUGAUCACAAGGAUUUCUUAACAGAGUUCUUUAAACAGUUGGCCGUUAAU